AUGGCGGAGAAGAAGAUGAAGGCAAAGGAGCUGAAACGGAAAAACAUCCUGGAUUCCAUGCAGCGCAUCCAAGACUUCCUGACGAAUUACGAUGAGGAGCGAGACAUGAACGAGGUAGCGAUACGUCUGGCCCGACUUGAUAACCUGAUGGAAACUUUCGAAGCGAUCCAAGGAGAAUAUGAAACGUACGACGAUGAACCAGAAUUUGCUGUGGCUAAUGCGAAGGUAAGGGCAAGGGUGGAAGAGCAGUACUUUAGGGUAAAAGGUGGUCUCGUAAGCAAGGUUCCUCCCCUUCCUCCAAUCUCAACCAAUCCAUUAAACCAACAAGGUGCUCCAGCAAUUGCUCAUGUAACCGGUGUGAAACUCCCCACUAUCGAAUUGCCUAAAUUUGACGGUGAUCUGAAUGAAUGGUUAACGUUUCGCGAUUCCUUUUCAUCACUGAUUCACUCGUCGCCAGAAAUCCCAUGCAUCCAAAAGUUUCAGUACCUCCGAUCUGCCUUGCGAGGUGACGCUUUAAAACUGAUUGAAUCCUUAACCAUCACAGCAAACAACUACGCGGUAGCUUGGGAAGCACUCCUCAACCGCUACUCUAACACAUACUUACUAAAAAAGAAACACUUGCAAGCUCUAAUUGUCCACUCGAAGGUCUCGGGGAAAUCCACUGCUGGUUUACGUGCUGUAGUAGAGGAUUUCCAACGGCAUGUCAAAAUACUCAACCAACUAAAUGAACCAACCGCGCAUUGGGGCAGUCUCUUGGUUCAACUACUGUGCUCUCGAAUCGACGAUUACACCCUGAAGGAAUGGGAAGAAUUUGUCUCUGCUAAUCACGAACCAACUUAUGAAAACCUCAUCGAGAUAUUAACCCGUAAAAUCCGGACUCUAGAAUCCCUUCACAUUUCGGCUGAGCAGUCCACUUCUUCUUCUCAAACGAAGCACAAUCUCCCUGUCAGGCAAACUAAACCCCAAAAUCCUACAUCGUCGAAAAUCAACUCCUAUACUGCAGUGGAACGGUACCAACCUGAAUGCCUAGCUUGCCGCGAUUAUCAUCCUUUGGUGAGAUGUCCGGUGUUUGAAAAGAUGCAGCUUAAAGAUCGAUUGAACCUGGUUAACUCGAAGCGGAUUUGUAGCAAUUGCUUCAGGGGAAACCACUUCGCCCGGAAUUGUCAAUCCAACUUCUCCUGCAAGCAUUGUCAAAAACGCCACCACUCCUUAUUGCAUCCUGGGUUCGAUGCAUCAGUAUCGAACAAUAAUCCAAAUUCCAGCGGGCUACAAACCCGAACAACCCAGAAUCCUCCGAAAGCCAACGAAUCCUCAACAGUGGCAAAAAAUCCUGAAGUGAUCUCGUCCAACUCCGCUGUAGAAUCCCGUGGAAUGAACGUCUUCCUAUCGACCGUUGUCGUCAAGGUGCUAGAUGGCUAUGGAAAUGAGCAUUUGGUCCGAGCGCUGUUAGACAGUGGAUCACAAAGCAGUCUCAUGAGUGAUCGCCUUUGUCAGAAACUAAGAUUGCUUCGUCAUCGUAUUGACCAACCCAUCCUUGGUAUUGGUGAAUCUCCCAUUCGAGCAGUUUGCUCCGUGACCACCGAAGUGAGAUCGAGAGUUGAUGACUUCUCUAUUCCCCUGAAUUGUUUGGUGCUCAAAAAGCUGACUGCCGAUCUACCCGCUGUAACCAUUACUACUGCAAACUGGCAGAUACCGAACGACAUCACACUUGCUGAUCCCGAGUACAACAUCUCACGAAAGGUAGACCUCAUAAUAGGUGCCGAACACUUUUAUGCAAUCCUCCAGGGUGGCCGGUUGCAAAUUGGCCCACCAUCCCUAACCUUAGUUGAAAACGAAUUUGAAAAUUCCAAACCCACCCUUUCACCCAAUGAUCAAUAUUGUGAAGAUUUCUUCAAGGAAACGGUAAGCCGUGAUUCCACUGGUCGAUAUUCUGUAAAAUAUCCGAAGAAGGAAGGAUUUGAAUUGAUGAUAGGCGAGUCUUUUUCCAACGCUAAAGCCCGUCUCAUCAGCUUGGAAAGAAAAUUGGACAAAAAUCCCAUCCUUAAAGAAAGGUAUCAUACCUUUAUGGCCGAAUUCAUCCAACUGGGACACAUGCGAGAGGUACCUGUAGACGACCCAGAACCUACUGUCGUAUGCUAUCUUCCUCACCAUGCCGUGUUGAAAGAAUCCAGCACCACUACGAAGGUACGCAGUGUUUACAACGCUUCGGCAAAAACAAGCACUGGAUUCUCUCUCAACGAUUCGCUCCGAGUAGGCCCUGUCAUCCAAGAUGAGCUUUUCGACAUCUUACUCCGCUUUCGCAAAAAUUUGGUGGUAUUGUUGGCUGACAUAGAGAAGAUGUAUAGGCAAAUCGUUCUUCACCCCGAUGACCGACCCCUUCUGCGUUUGUUGUGGAGAUUCAGCCCGAACGACCCGAUUACGAAAUAUGAGAUGACAACAGUGACAUACGGUUUGGGCCCAUCCUCGUUCUUGGCUACCCGCACACUUCAUCAACUUGCGGAUGAUGAAAGUGCUUCUUUUCCUCUCGCCGCAGCCUCUGUGAAGCGAGAUUUUUACAUGGAUGAUUUUGUACGGAGUGAAGAAACCAUAUCUACAGCAAUCCAACUGCGUAAGGAGAUGGACGAACUGAUGAGCCGUGGAGGAUUUUCCUUGAGGAAAUGGUGCUCUAAUUUUCCUGAAGUUUUGGAAGGAGUACCACCAGAAAACCUAGCCCAUCCUAGCACUGAAAACCCCGAACCUGGAGAGGUGGUAAAAGUCUUGGGAAUUUCCUGGGAACCCGAGCAUGAUUUAUUUUAUUUCAAAUUUGCCCCAUUCUCAACCGACGGAAAGAUUACCAAAAAUCGAAUUCUUUCCGUUAUUGCCCAACUUUAUGACCCCUUGGGAUUAAUUGCCCCCGUUGUUGUACGUGCGAAAAUAUUUAUCCAACAACUUUGGUUGAUGUCCAUCGAAUGGAAUGAGGAAGUCCCAAAUGAAAUCCGAACUAGGUGGGAAGAUUUUGUAAAGGACUUGUCAUCGCUAGCUGAGUUUCGGAUCCCGCGGUUUGCCUUUGACAGGGGGGAGGUGCAGCUACAUUGUUUUACGGACGCCUCCGAAUCAGCUUAUGGAGCCUGCAUCUACGCUCGGACGGAGAAGGCCAACGGGGAAGUGAAGGUGGUCUUACUGGCGGCGAAAUCCCAAGUAGCACCGCUUCAGAAACGCAGCAUCCCGAGACUAGAACUAUGCGCUGCUCAGCUAGGCGCUCGCUUAUCAACGAGAGUUGUUGACACACUGGACCUGAAAUCUGCACCCAUCUACUACUGGACCGAUUCGAUGGUUGUUAUUUAUUGGCUACGAGCACCAUCACAAACCUGGAAAACCUUUGUGGCUAACAGAGUCGCAGACAUCCACAUCCUAACGAAGAACUCAUCAUGGCAGCAUGUUCCCGGAGUAAACAACCCAGCUGACGUCGUCUCCAGAGGCUUAACUGUACACCAGCUUCUGACCUGCAAACUAUGGACCCAUGGACCCGAUUGGUUGGGAAGGGGAGAGGAAUAUUGGCCGAAGUUGAAGAUCCCGAGAACCACUAAUAUUGAUGGAGACACUGAGCACAAAACCACAACCUUGCUAAUCCAAAAUCCACCACCACUUAACCCUUUGUUUACUCGAUCAUUCUCGUACAAUCGUUUGCUCCGUACGACUGCUUAUUGUUUGCGAGUUUCUCGGAAGGCGAGAAAAGAACUCAAAGAAUCCACUUUAAUCCUCACUCCCACUGAACUCGAAUCUGCCAGAGACUGCCUGGUAAAAUUAGUUCAAGCAGAAUGUUACCACACCGAAUUGAGCUUUCUACGAAAAGGGAAACCGGUACCCAAAAAAUCCACCCUGCGUUUGUUAAAUCCUUUUGUUGAUGCUUCGGGAAUAAUCCGAGUCGGUGGCCGGCUCAAAUUGUCCAUGGAAACUUUUAGCACAAAACACCAAAUCCUGCUCCCCGGAUUUCACCGUUUCACCCGAAUGCUUUUGUUGUCAUUUCACGACAAAUUGGUUCACGGGGGAAUAGCGCUUACGCUGGGUGUAGUGCGCAAUGAAUAUUGGCCUACAAAUGGGAGAAGAGCUGUGCGCAGCGUAAUUCGAACCUGUUUUCGUUGUACUCGAGCAAACCCUAAGCCUCUCAAGCAACCAAUUGGCCAAAUACCCCUUGCCCGAGUUACCCCAAGUCGUCCCUUCGCAUCAACUGGCAUUGACUAUUGUGGCCCGGUGUUUGUUAAGUCCCCGAACCGUAAAUCUGCUCCCACCAAAGCCUACAUUGCCCUAUUUGUCUGCUUUAGCACAAAAGCAGUUCACAUUGAGCUUGUGGGGGACCUAUCCACAGCCUCAUUUCUCUCUGCUCUACAACGUUUCGUGGCCAGACGUGGCAAACCCGAAUACAUUUACUCCGACAAUGCCACAAAUUUUAUUGGAGCUCGAAACGAGCUACACGCUCUCUACGAAAUGUUCUCAAGCCCCAAGGAAACCGAUCGUAUCGCUACCGCUCUCGCAACCGAGGGCAUACAAUGGAAAAUGAUCCCCCCGCGUGCACCCAACUUUGGCGGCCUGUGGGAAGCCGCCGUAAAGGUUGCGAAAAAACAUUUGGUUCGUCAGUUAGGCAGCACCUCUCUACUGUACGAGGACCUAGUGACGAUUUUGUCGCAGAUCGAGGGAGCAAUGAACUCGAGACCGUUGGCCCCUUUGUCUGAAGACCCCAACGAUUUCGAAGCCAUCACUCCAAGCCACUUCUUGAUUGGCUCUCAACCACAAGCCCUUCCACAUCCCGACCUAAAGGACGUUCCUGAGAACCGGCUGAAGAAUCGCUAUCAGGUUAUCCAACAGAAGCAGCAGCUAUUUUGGUACCACUGGCAGACAGAGUACCUCAAAGAGCUGCAACGGCAAUCUACUACCAACCCGCAGCAAGUGAAUCUCAAAAUCGGCCAGGUGAUGAUUCUUCAAGAUGACCUGUUACCCCCGGUGCGCUGGCCUCUCGUGCGCAUCAUGGAACUACAUCCUGGAGCUGACGGUGUGACACGGGUGGUUACCAUCCGCACACCCACUGGUGCUAUCUUCAAGCGUGCUGUGGUCAAGCUGUGUCCGUUACCUACGAUGGACGAGGAGGAGUCAUCGACAGCCGCCCCCGCACCAGGUGAAAUCAAUGUUGACUGA